GUGUCUGUGUCACGAAUGCACACAUUAAUUUUUUUAGGACCAGCUAUGAAUCUCACUCACUUCCACAUGCACACCUGUCUUCCAUGGAUUCCAAGGCAAACACACUGCUUAUCAUCAUCAUCAUCCACCAACAACAAAAAUUCCAGGAGGUUUACGCCCUGUCGCUUCAGCUGGCUCAGUUCUUCAUCAUUACAUGGGCAUGGUAUUAGAUCACAAAAGAAAGGGAGAUGGGAGGUUGAUUUUCAAAGGCCAGCUUUUAAUUCCAAUUCCGAAAGUAGUGAACAUGUUCCAGAAAAUGUGAGCACCAAUUUCAUUUGGACAGGGAAAAAUAAUAGUAGCUCUCCGGGUCGACAGGCUAAAAACAUGAUAGAGUACUUAUCGUUGUACUUUGUACUGAAACUGACACAUACAAAGUUUGUUGGUCUGAUGAUAAAUGUUGUCCAAGCAAUAGUUCGAUAUGUGCCUCAGACUCUUGAUGGAACAAGCUUGGCACUUGCUUGUGUUUCUAAUGCCUUGAACACACCCAAGCCACUUAAAUUAGACGUCUCCUUGCCUUCUUUUCAUGAUAUUAGAUGGAGCUUAGCGCGGUUGUUUUUCUUAUUUAACAUACAACUCGAGAGAAAUGUUGCCACGUUCUUUUUGGUGCUCCUUAUAGCAUGCAGCUCGUUUGUUUUCAUUGGAGGUUUCUUGUUCUUCAAGCUAAGGAACAAUAAACAAUCACUGGAAGAAUGUUUUUGGGAGGCAUGGGCAUGUCUUGUUUCAUCAUCUACUCAUUUAAAACAACCAACACGUAUUGAGCGUGUUAUUGGCUUUGUUCUUGCAAUAUGGGGUAUAUUGUUUUACUCUCGUCUUCUAAGUACCAUGACUGAACAAUUUAGGAGUAAUAUGCAAAGGCUCAGGGAGGGAGCACAAAUGCAAGUUAUGGAGACCGAUCAUAUCAUUAUCUGUGGGAUGAAUAGUCAUCUUCCUUUCAUAUUAAAGCAGCUAAAUAAGUAUCACGAGUUUGCUGUUCGCCUAGGCACUGCUUCAGCUAGGAAACAAAGAAUCCUUCUUAUGUCUGAUCUUCCAAGAAAACAGAUUGAUAGGAUAGCUGACAGUAUUGCUAAAGAUUUGUAUCAUAUUGAUCUCCUUAGCAAGAGUUGCACCCUGAGUUUAACAAAAUCAUUUGAAAGAGCAGCAGCAAACAAAGCACGUGCAAUUAUUAUACUGCCAACAAAAGGGGAUCGGUUUGAAGUUGACACAGAUGCAUUUCUUACUGUUUUAGCCCUUCAACCAAUUCCAAAGAUGGAUUCUGUCCCCACAAUAGUUGAGGUUUCAAGAUCCCAAACAUGUGACUUGUUGAAGUCAAUCUCAGGGUUGAAAGUAUCUCCAGUAGAAGAUGUUGCAUCCAAAUUAUUUGUUCAAUGUUCUCGGCAGAAAGGACUUAUAAAGAUCUACAGGCACUUGCUAAAUUAUCGAAAAAAUGUGUUCAAUCUUUGCAGCUUGCCUGAUCUUGAAGGAAUGACAUAUAGGCAAAUAAGACAUAUAUUUAAAGACGCUGUUGUAUGUGGUCUUUACCGGAAUGGGAAAAUAUACUUCCACCCAAAUGAUGAUGAAAUUCUGCAGAUAACUGAUAAAGUAUUGUUCAUUGGAUCCCUUCAGAAUACUAAUAAGCCACAAGUUAUAACCACAAAUGGGAAAGAAGGAAAAGAUGGAAUUAAUAACAAUGAAUUACUUGAAAAAGAUUUUGAUUACGCCAUCGAAUUGAGUAAAGUAAGACUUGCAAAUAUUGUAACACGUCCUAACAGAUCAGGUUCCAAGGCAUCAGACGGGAAUGUAGGACCAAAAGAAUGCAUUCUUUUACUUGGGUGGCGACCUGAUGUUGUAGAAAUGAUUCAAGAGUAUGAGAACUAUCUCGGUCCUGGAAGUGUUUUGGAAGUUUUAUCAGAAACGCCAUUAAAUGACAGGAUUAUUAGGGAAAACAUCGCUGGUCAUAGCAAACUCAAGAAUGUUCGAGUUUCUCAUAGGAUUGGAAACCCCAUGGACUAUGGCACCUUAAAGGAAACCAUCUUGAAUAUUCAGACUUCAUUGAAGAAGGAAGAUAUUCCUUUUUCAAUUGCUUGCAUAUCUGACAAAGAUUGGCUUCUUGGAGAUACAUCCAAGACAGAUAAGCUAUCUGCUUAUUCAAUCCUACUUGCAGAAAAUAUCUGCGACAAACUUGGAGUCAAGGUACAAAAUCUAGUUGCAGAAAUUGUUGAUUCAAAAUUGGGGAAACAAAUUACUAGAAUCAAGCCAUCAGUGACCUAUGUUGCGGCGGAGGAAAUAUUGAGCCUUGUAACUGCUCAAGUUGCCGAGAAUAGUGAAUUGAAUGAAGUUUGGAAAGACAUACUAGAUGCAGACGGUGAUGAAAUAUAUGUGAAGGAUAUUAGCCUUUACAUGAAAGAAGGAGAGAAUCCAUCAUUUUCAGAGCUUUCUGAGAGAGCAUAUUUAAGAAGAGAAGUAGCCAUAGGUUAUGUGAAGAAGAACAAGAAUGUAAUCAACCCAAUUCCAAAGUCAGAACCCCUCUCUCUUGAAUUGACUGACUCAUUGAUAGUCAUAUCUGAGCUGGAAGGUGAACAGCCGGUCAUUUUGUAAUUAUGCUGAGAAUAAUUUAGGAAAAUUCUGACCCCCAAAAUUUGGUUAUUGCAUUGGGGUGAUUGAUUGCUAAUAUUGCUGUUCUUAUCUCUCAUCUUUCAUGUCUAUAUUAUCUCAUCUUUUUUCAGAAUAAAUUGGUGAAAAACGAUGCUUAAAUGUAAAAUAUGUAAAUGGAAUUUAAUUUACUUUCUUGUACUGCAAAAGAAAAAUGCAAAUAAGCAAGAGUCCCUAGUUCAAUAAUGUUGUGAACAUUUUAUUUUGCUGCA